AUGAGUUUUUCAUGUGUUUUUCUUUUUUUCUUUAUGUGGAUACUUGCCACAUUAGUGGGAUAUGACCAACCUGGAUUAUUGUUCAGACUUGUGAAAUGUAAUAUUCGUGUUACUAAGAAUAAGAAGAGAAGACAGAAGACGGGCGAUAGGUUCAUGUCACAGGAUCUUGGGGGAUAUGAGCAAAAUGAAGUAGACAAAUUUAGCGUAAUCGAAAAGGAAAAUGAACUAGGCCAAAUCGAAGAGGAAAAUGAACUAGGCCAAAUCGAAGAGGAAAAUGAACAAAGCCAAAUCGAAGAGGAAAAUGAACAAAGCCAAAUCGAAAAGGAAAAUGAAAUAAUGAGAAAUAAUAUCCUAAGAGAAGAAGUUCUAAGUGAUAUUUCACCACACACUGUGGAUAUGCUAUUUUCACAAAAUGGGAAUAUAGACAAUUCCUCAUUUGACACGGUUUCAAAUCAGUAUACGUUUUUUGAAACACCUAAUGAUAGGUUAGUCAAUCAAAAGGAUUCUUUAAGUACACUAGGUCAACAAAAUUUACUACAAAAUAAGCAGAAUUGGAAUCAAAUGCCUGAUAUAGCUAUUUCCUGCAGAGAAACCGGAUGCCCUCAAUCCUAUAAGAUGUGUGUACCGUUCUUUUAUGAUUCUGCUAAUUUCCAAGGAAAAAGGCUUUUGGAAAUAAUUCAUAACUCCGAUGAACUUGUAAAAAAUGGACUAAAGUUUGCAAACCAAAAUAUUAUAGAUGAUGAAAGAAAAUACAUUCUUUUAUAUUCUUGUAUUUGUAAAAAGUACACCCCAGAUGGUUUAUGUGAUCAAUCCGUUGAAUGA